AUGCCAUCAAUCGAGGAGCUCAACCGGGCGUGGUUGCAAAAUGGGGCAUCAAACUCCAGAGACGGCAGUAGAAGCCCCAUUUCGCCUUCCUUUGGAGGCGUCGCUAUCAUCGGCAUGGGUUGCCGCCUUCCUGGAUCCGCCACAGACCCUUCUGCCUUCUGGGACAUGCUUCUGGCAAAGGAAACCGCGGCAGGGAAAAUCCCUCUUAAUCGGUUUGAUGUCGACAAAUUCCUUCAUCCACAGCGCGGCCGUCCGGGAAGCAUGACCACUGCUGGCGGCUACCUGCUUCGUGAUGACCCGAUGCUCUUCGAACCGCAGUUGUUCUCGAUGAAGCCCACCGAGGCUGCUGAGAUUGAUCCGGCACUGAAGAAGCUGCUCGAGGUCGUUUACGAGACGAUCGAAUCCGCUGGAAUCUCUAUGGAGAAACUUGCGGGGUCAGAGACAGGAUGCUACAUCGGCAGCUUUAACCACGAUGAGCUGUUUGGCAAAGUGCGCGAUAGCCAGUUCGCAGGGCCGUACACAGCCACCGCAGCCAUUGCCCCCUUUCUCGCGAAUCGAAUUUCCUAUACGUUUGAUUUGAGGGGACCUAGCAUGACGGUCGACACCGCUUGUAGCGCAUCGUUAUACGCCUUACACCUUGCUUGCCAGGCCAUAUCCACAGGGGAGAUUGACUCUGCAAUUGUGGCAUCCUCUAACUUAAUCUGGUCUCCCGAUAUGCAAAUGUUCCUCGACAAGUUGGGUGCGCUUUCGUCCACCUCGCAGUGCCACGUCUUCGGUUCUGACGCAGACGGAUACGGUCGUGGCGACGGGUUUGUGGGGUUUUACCUUAAGGAUUUGAACUCUGCGAUCCGUGACAACGACAAUAUUCAGGCUGUCAUACGAGCCCAGGAGGCCGCCAUGCGCAAGGCAUAUCAAUUGGCUGGGAACCUCGACCCACGAGACACGGCAUACUAUGAGUGCCAUGGCACGGGAACCGCAGUGGGAGAUCCGAUCGAGCUUAAGGCGAUCCAAUCAUUCUUUUCUGCGCGUGGAACAGAUAACCCCUUGCUAUUAGGGUCAGUGAAGGCUAAUAUCGGACACGGCGAACCAGUUAGCGGGCUGAGCGGGCUGCUCAAGGCUGUCCUUGCUAUUCAACGGGGUGUGAUCCCGCCCAUGAUCACGUCGGCUUCUAUCAAUUCUCUACUGAACCUCGACACGAGUCGUUUUCAACUAGUCAAGGACCAAUUACCAUGGCCUGUCAACCUACCCCGGCGUGCAAGUGUCGCUACCUCCGGGUUUGGCGGCGCGAACGCACACGUUAUAGUUGAAGAAUUCUUAUACAAUGGUCAAGACGCAGAGAUCGAUCGAAAUAUACGACCGUCGCGCUUCUUACUGCCGUUUUCGGCCCACAAGCCUCAGUCUCUGCUUGAGAAUUGCGAAGCACUAGCAGCUGCGUGUGAUAAAUACUUAUACACACCCACAGACGUGGCAUAUACACUUAGGCGCCGAUCUCGUCUUCCAUACAGGGGAUUUGCUGUCGUUUCAACUAAUGCAGAUAGUUCCCUUUCACUGUCAAGUGACCAGUUGCAGAAAGCUAAGCGGCUACGUACAUUGCCGCCCAAGAUUGGAUUCAUCUUCACGGGUCAAGGAGCACAAUGGCCGCAAAUGGGCAAAGAACUCUUUGGUCGGUGGCCGGCUUUCCGGCGCGCAAUUUGCAAGAUGAAUGAAUCGUUGCAACGGCUUCCUGAUGGACCAGCUUGGACGCUUGAAGAAAUUCUGCUUGACCCGGCGGACAAGAGCCAGGUAUACGUGGCGGAAAUUUCGCAGCCAGCUUGUACAGCAGUCCAGAUUGGACUGACUGAAGUUUUGAAUUCGUGGGAUAUCGUUCCUUUUGCAUGCAUGGGGCAUUCUUCAGGAGAAAUGGCAGCCGCGUACGCAGCUGGCAAAGUAACGCUCGAAGAAGCCAUCGUAGCUGCCUACUAUAGAGGCAAAUCUGUUGCCCGUAUAACCCGUGAGGGCUCCAUGGCUGCCCUGGGUCUAGCACAAAAGGAUUGCGAGGCUCUCGUGGAACCACUGAAAGAUCGCGUCAGUAUUGCGGCAAUUAACUCGCCCGAGAGCAUCACGAUCAGCGGGGACGUUGACGCUAUCGAAGAGGUCUGCAAUAUCUGCAAUAGGAAGGGAAUUUUCAACCGUGUGCUCUCAACUGGCGGGAAAGCAUACCAUAGCUUUCACAUGCGAGAGAUUGGGGAGAUCUUUGAGACUAGUACGCGACAAGCAACUUCUCACAUGUACCAUGAGGAGGGAACGCGGGCCGUCAUACCGUUCUUCUCCUCCGUCUCAGGCCACCAGUUACCAGAGGGCUCCCAGAUCACGCCGUCGUACUGGCGAUCAAAUCUUGAAGGUCCGGUGCUUUUCUCGCCUGCACUAGAGGAACUGGUAAACCAUGGCGUUGAUGUCCUUGUUGAAAUUGGUCCACAUUCGGCCCUUGCAGGUCCAAUUCGACAGCUUGAGCAGGUCUUCCGCGAGAAGGGAGAAAACUUCCCGCCGUACAUGCCGACGCUGGUACGGAAACGUGAUGCUGAGGAGUGCAUGCUCGAGCUAGCGGGUGCGUUCUUCAACGAUGCCUGCGAGCUUAACCUAGCGGCUGUGAAUUGCGCAGCCGACGCCGUGACCGGGAAGGAAAUCAAGCCAAGACUGUUGUCUUCGUUGCCCACGUAUAGGUAUGCAUAUGGCGACGCGUUGCAGCACAUGAGCCGAAUUGAGACCGAGUUUCGGUUCCCGCAAUUCCCCUUCCAUGACCUCCUUGGGGGCCGGGUUUUGGGCGCUUCGCCGCGCGCACCUAGUUGGAGAAAUACCCCUCAAGUUCCCGUUGCAUGUCUGCUAGAGAUGGCUCUUAUUUCUGCACAACAGACCCUGCCUUCAUUUUCUGCUGGGACAUGGACACUUACCAACAUUCAGCUGCCGAAUGCACUAACGUUGGAUGUGGAGAGGGAUGUUGUGACUUGCCUUCAUCCGGAUGUCGACGAGCAAUCUUUUGUCUUUGAGAUCACCAGCGUCCAAGGCAGGGAGGCCACCAUUCAUGCCUCCGGACGGAUCCAUGUCAAGCAAGAUCAUCAACUUGAAGGUGGUGCUCUUGACAGGCUAAUUACGCCUAUCGCGAUCUCUGCCGGAAAACUGUAUGAGAAGCUGGAAGCCGCAGGGCUCAAGUAUGAUGUGCUAUGGCAAUCGAUUGACACAGUUCAUGCCAAUCCAUUGGAGAAUGUGUAUCGAUGUGAACUGAGAGAGAGUCUUUUCGGCAGGCUCGGCACCCUGGAGACAUGCAUUCAGUUGGCUAUAAUGUCGUCGGCGACCCACGAUCUCCAGUUGGCGUAUCCAAUAUCGAUUGGGAAGGUCGAGUUUACCGGCUUCUGGGACAACUUAGAUUUGUCUGCUCCAUAUCUUGUAUCAACGCACCAAAGCAGAGCUGUUGUGGAAACGGUCGACCUCUGGGAUACAAAUGGCCGGUUAGCUAUAUGUCUCAAGGAUGUGCGCUUGAACAGUCUGGAUCAGAGAAGUAUAGAAAUGGCGGAGUAUCCCGCUCUCCAGUCAAUUUCUAAACCAGACUACACGACCAUUUCCCAGGACUCAAUCUCUAGCAUGUUUCCUGCGCCCGACUUUCCUGGAGAAGAAAUGUUCGGCAAGGUACACCGACUCGCCUCGGCCAUGGUUGUCCAGUACAUCUCCUCCCAGAAGGAUGACUCGAGCAACAGAACGUCGCAAUCGCUCUCUGAAACAGGUCGGAACUUCCUCGAGUGGCUUGAGAAUGCGUAUGCUCAAAUUCCCAACGGCCGCAUGCCAUAUGGCCGGGAAUUAAAAGCCAUGGAUUCCCCAACCCGGUCUAAACUCAUAUCCACCCUCUACGAAGAAGUCGCUCAGGACUCUGUAGAAGCCCAACUCAUGAUGCGCAUGUAUUCGAGUCUUCCUGGUGUUCUAAAUAGCACGAUCUCAGCCCAUGACCUUUUAAUGGCUGACGGUCUGUUGCACAAGCUUUACACCUCAACUCUCACAGCUGCCGGUUCGAUGAUCCAGCUACGCCGUGUAAUUGAUCUGGUCGGGCACAAGAACCCGAGUGCGAGGUAUAUCGAGGUCGGUGGUGGCACGAGAGGCGCGACAAGGGAGAUCCUUGACGUGUUGGGUGCAUGGAGUGGAGGGCGUCGGUAUGGGAGCUAUUGCUUCACGGAUGUGAGCAGUUACUUCCUCAGCGGUGCACGGGAUGAGUUCAAGGAUGUUCAGGAUAUUUCAUAUGCCACACUGAAUAUUGAGGAGGCUCCCUCGAAGCAGGGAAUCGAGGAAGGGAGUUAUGAUGUGGUUGUUGCCGCGAAUGUCCUCCACGCAACGAUCUCACUAGAGGAGACUCUACGCAAUGUCCGCAGGCUUUUGAAGCCAAAUGGGAAGCUUAUCCUCGUCGAAACUACCAUCGAGACCGUUUGGCUCACAAUUGUAUUGGGUGGAUUUUCAGACUACUGGAAAGGUCGACGAGAUGGCCGACCUACCUCACCCUUCAUUUCUGUCGACCUGUGGAAUCAGACAUUGCGCAAAUGUGGCUUCACAAGCGCAUGGAUUGAUCUUCCGGACUAUGUCGAUCCAUUCAGAACAAUGAACGUGCUGGUCUCUUCUGUCGCAGAGGAUUCUAUGAAUGGCCGAGUUGCAGGUACAGGUGCAGAGAAGUGUUCAAUCGAGCGAUUCUACCCCAUGGCCCCAUCGAAGCAGAUGGAAAGCUCAAGCUUGAACGCACAACCCUACUCCGACUCAGUGGUCCUGAUCGACUGUAUCGACGAGCCCUUCUUCACAGACCUGACAAUCUGGCUCGCAGAAAUGGGAACCAGAUGCAUCAUCAUCGCUAGGAGCCUGAGAACAAGUGCAAAGGAUAGUUGGAUAGACGGAUCCAUACUGCUUCACCUAGAAAGCCUUCGCCAGUUGGGAGUUGCUGUCUCUGUGAUCUGGGAGCCGCUCUCCACCGUGCAUGAAAACAGGGUUUCUAUGCAAUUGCGCGCAACCUUAUCGCCAUGUGUCAAGGCUGUCAUUUUUGGCAGACAGGAUGCCGGUAUAGCCAUGGAAGACCUUCAUGGUGUAGCUCAACGUGUUUUCUCAGGGCGCUGGGCCCCGGAGAAAGUCCUCAUCAUGACUUCUGCGGAUGCGAGCCUCUUCAGUCUUUCUGCCAACAGCAGCGAACAGGCACAGAGUAUUGCAGACUCAUGGGCAAUACAAGGCCCUAUGUCCAGCUUACUUACCAUAUUCCAGGGUCAGCCCGUUCUCGACGACCUCAUUCCAGGGAUACAAGCCGUUUUUUGCACUAGCGUCGCGCCAGCCUCAGAGUCUCCUGAACUGCCCCGUGCUCAAUCAAUUUUGUACGGCCUUUCUCCUACAAUGGCUUACACCCACCUCCAAGAACGAGAGACAGAUGUCCUUCCACAAACAUACGAUAAAUUCGCCAUUAUCCUCCAAACAGCCGCUGCGCAAGCCCAGUCCACUAGCGCUAACAUGACCAACGGCCAAGCAGCAACCCCAACCUCCACAGCAAUAGCUAAAUUCCGGUCCAUCCCAGUCGAAGAUGGAAAUAUACGUCGCAAUGCAGCGACAGACGCUGUUACAGAAGUUCUUGCCGAGCUGCUUUUUAUACCUAGAGAACAGAUAAACAUACAGGCAGGUUUAGUGCGGAUUGGGAUUGAUAGUUUGACCGCGAGCGAGUUGCGCAAGCAGGUGCAAGAGUUAUUUGAAAAGGAUAUUUCGACGGGGUGGCUGCUCGGUGGUGAGGUGAAGGGGAUGGACAUUGUAGAUGUUGUUUUAGAAUCAUGA